GUUCGAUGCUUCCUUUGCAGAUGAAAAGGCCCACGCAGAAGAAAAACAACCACACCAACGACGAGAAGCAACGAACAGAGCCCCCCACGUCUGCUGCACAGAAUCCGGGUGGUCAGCAGCCUUCAUCUGCAGCAACGACAGCACGCGUGAGAGCCGCGCGGCUCUCAGGUGCCGACCCACCCGACACCCCAAUGCUGCAGCCGCAUGCUGACAAACACUGGAGUGCUCACCGCGUGUGGAGGGGUCUCUACUGGGGGGCCUGGAUGAGCCUGGUGCUCAGCGUCGUGACCAUGCUGCGGGCAUACUGGCUGUGGGGGACCUUGAAGUGGCCCUGGGGCGACAUCGAUGUGCGGAGAGACAUCGAUGUGCGGAGAGUGGCGAUGCGGAUGCACAUUGGGGGCGGGGGAGGACGGGACGACCUGAUGAAGCGGCAGAAAGAGGUCUUGUUGCUGGAGCAGGGCGGAUUCGCCCUGGCUGACGGGCUGCCCUAUGGGUAUGACAUUGAGGACGAGCGGCAGCGGCAUCUGUGGAAGGGGACGGCGAGGAUGUUCCUCAGCAGGCUGUCCAAUAUGACCAGGAGCGGGUGCAGGGCCUACUGGGAAGACACUGUGCGGGUGCUCUUCGGGGCUUUCGAGGGUGUGCAUGACGACAUACUGGAGAGAACCCUUGAACACUCCUUCCCGCAAAACACUGGUCGGCCUGAUAGGAUGGAAGCCAACACAUCUGCCAUCACGCCCGCAUUGCAAUCCUUGUGUGUGUCUGUCUGUCUGUCUGUUGGCCUCCCCGUAGCGUUGCGUCUGAAGGUGGUCGACGGCAAGCUCCACUGCGUGCUUGACGGCCGGCUGAAGCCCUUCAAAACAAAGCCCCUUCACGUGCGAGACGUCCUAAAACGGCUGGAGCGGGUGCUCAGCAAGACCGCUCCCACACCGCCCAUCACCCAGCAGCAGCCACAAAAACAGCAACCACACCCCUUCGAGGGCGUUGAGUUCUUCAUCCACCUCGACGACUGCCCCGCCCUGUGGCACACCGAGCCCCCCUUCUACAGGGAGAGGUGUCUCGACCUGGAGGUCGAUGAGGACGGCGACGGCGACGUGCUCAAGAGAAGGCGCCUGCAGCAGCCCUACUCGUUCGUCAGACACACGCCCAAGGGGCUGCUGCUGUCCAUAAGCGGGUCGCUCUUCUUCAACACCGACAUCCCAGCGCUGCCGUACUUCCAGUUCAACCGCAAGGAGGACAAGGCCAUGCGCGACGCUGUGUCAGGAUACGUCGACGAUGCGCGCAAGUGGAAGCGGGUGUGGGGGCGGAAGAAGGCGCUGCCUCAUUUCGUGGGCCGGUUCACGACCGAUGAGAGGCUCGUCUUCGCCUGUCUGGCCAACGUGAGGGAUCAGCGCGUCAAGGCGGCGGGUGGCCAUGCGCACCGGGGAAGCAGCAGCAUGCAGCAGCGGCCCGUCUUCGACCACGUGUACCUUACGGAUGUGAACAAGAUCAAUUGCACCCCAAGGGCAGAGGCGCUUCACAGGUCCGCUAAGUUACCCUCUACCACACACCGACAGACACGAAAUGAAUGACCCCCCAUGUGCCUGUCCUUCUGGUCCGUCGUCUGUCCGUCUGUCUGCAGGAUGUUCGGCUGUGACGCCUCGGCCAUCUGUCGUGCGGACGCCGCGCCCUUCGAGCAGUGGUCGCAGCGCCAGCUGCAGCACAAGUUCCUGCUGGACCUGCCGGGAGUGGGUCCGUGGUCGACCCGUCUCCGGCUCUCCCUCCUGGCCGGCAGCAUCGUCUUCCAGAACCUACGAGCAUUCACCAACCUCCAAUUCUUCGACUAUGGCCUCAAAAAGGGCGGCAUCAUACUGCCCUUCCAGUCGGUCGACGAUCUUGUCCGAAAGGUCAGACAGACAGACUAGACUCCCUCGUUUUGUAUGUGUAUGUGUCUGUGUGGGUGCAUAUGCUUCGAUGCGGUGCAGAUGGCCAUUGUGCAUGAGGACAGGGAGCUCGAGCGGCGGAUCGCUCGAGGUGCUCAGAGGUUUGCGUGGCGGUGCCUCAACAGCGACAGUCUGGACGCCUUCCUCACCGCACUGCUGACACGGCUAGCGAGGCUGCCGCGGACCCCCAGCGACAACAGGGGUAGUACUGCUGGUGGUGCGAUGAUGAGACAAGUGCCCAUCGAUGUCAGAAGCGAGAACUUCGACUACUGCUAUGCUCCAUGAUGGCCGGCCCAUGUGUGUGUGUGUGUGUGUGGAUGUGCAAAGGGAGGGGCGCACUGACUGUGUUGUCGAUAGGUCUUUUUCAGUAUAACACACACCACACUUGUGUGUUCGUGUGUGUGAUGUCGUCUGCGUCUGUGCACUGCAGUGAAUGCAUUGCCACACACUCAUUGGUCGGGGGCGUUAUAAUAUAUUUGUCACGC